AUGUCAGCAAUAACAGAUCGACUUGUGCAUAACAUGCCAACGUUGAUUACUCAGAAGACGAGUCCAAUGACUCUUCAACGGCCGGAUAUCAAACAACGUUCAGAUGCUGGUUCGUACAAUAAAAUUAUCAUUGAUCUCGAUGAAAUCAUUGAGAAAUGGGUAUGGAAGAUGUGGGAAUUAUCGAAACGUAAUCGUGAAGAUUCAAAAUAUCGUCGCGAAGAAUUGGAUAUGAAAAUAAACUGGAAACGAGUUAAUUUUUGGCAAUCCGAUGCUACUUUUACUCGUUCAGCUCAAGUUCGAAUGCCUAAAUCGCAAAUCUUAUUCAAAACGCAUUUUUCUAAUAAUACUAACUGCGAGCAAGAAUAUUCUCUACGUGCUGAACGCUCGACAAUUACAACAUUAAAUUUUACAUUUACGCGUGGUUUUACUAAGGAAAAAGAAGGUUCAAUUUCAUUCAAACUGCCUCAUGAAGUGCUCGAAGUGGGUGGCGGAAUGAAACAUGAACAACGAGUUGAAUAUGGCAAAGAUUCUACAUUUGAAACACAAAUGGUUUGGUCGGCCGAUUCGGCUAUCCGUGUAGCACCACAUUCGAAAGCCAACGCUGAAUUGUGUAUUACGGAAGAAGAAUAUUCUGCUGAUUUCUCUGUCGAAGUUCGUUUCAGUGGUCGCAUAUCCGCAAUGAUCAGUACACGAAAUAAUACAGGCGGUUAUUACAAAUAUAUGGAAGGCGAUGUCGCAACCAUUUUUGGUGAUGCAUUACGUUCGGGAAAUGUUAGCGGUUGUUCCAAUCAAUUCGAAGUCAACGAACAAACGCAAACAGUUCGAACAGUAAUGCUGGGUAAAUGUGCAUUCCGCUACGGCAUUGAGCAAUAUGUGAAUGUUGAACAAGAGAAACUUGGUGAUUUACCGUGCACUAUGGCGAACGAACCACCACCGAAAUAUCGACCAGUAUUUUCAUCGCAUAAUCUUUCUUAG